UGGGACGUAGCGACGGCGCUACGCCUCGGAGCGUCUUUCGGAGGCGUCCGGGAGAGCAUGUCGCUCGCUCUAUGACGCGAUCACAACCACGACUGUGAGACUCGGGAGGCGGAAAAGACUCCAGGACGCAGUCUCUGGCCCGCAUUUUGGGACCCGAACGGAGAAUGGAAGCUGAAAGAGGAAACCAAGAAAAGACAAUGGAAGAGGAAAAUACAGAAAAAAAAGAGGUAGAGAAAAAGAAACGGUCUCGAGUUAAACAGGUGCUUGCAGACAUCACUAAGCAAGUGGACUUCUGGUUUGGAGAUGCAAAUCUUCACAAGGAUAGAUUUCUUCGAGAGCAGAUAGAAAAAUCUAGAGAUGGAUAUGUUGACAUAUCGCUUCUGGUGUCUUUUAACAAAAUGAAAAAGUUGACGACAGAUGAAAAAUUAAUAGCCAGAGCCCUGAAGAGCUCGGCAGUCGUAGAGCUGGACUUGGAAGGCACCAGGGUCAGGAGAAAGCAGCCUCUGGGCGAGAGGCCCCAGGACGAGGACGAGCGGACUGUGUACGUGGAGUUACUUCCCAAAAACGUGAACCACAGCUGGAUUGAAAGAGUGUUUGGGAAAUGUGGCAAUGUGGUUUACGUAAGCAUACCACACUACAAGUCGACUGGCGAUCCGAAGGGAUUUGCCUUUGUGGAAUUUGAGACAAAAGAACAAGCGGCAAAAGCUAUUGAGUUUCUUAACAACCCGCCAGAAGAAGCGCCGAGGAAACCUGGGAUAUUUCCUAAAACAGUGAAAAAUAAGCCCAUUCCUGCCCUUCGAGUAGCUGAAGAGAAGGAAGAGAAGAAAAAGAAGAAAAAGAAGAAAGGCCGGGUAAAGAAGGAAGACAGUGCGCAGACCAAGGAGGCAAACACGGACACAGGGAAGGAGAGCAGCGCCGGCAAGGGGAAGAGGCCCAGGACCACGUCGGAGGGCUCCGAAGGGGGGAGCACUGAACCCCAAAAGCCACCCUCAAAGAAGAGGAAAAAGCGGGUUAAAGCUGAAGGGACCAGCUUACCUCCAGCCCCGGCAGGGAAGAGGAAGCGAAGCAGCUCGGAGGACACAGGCUGCCCAACUCCCAAAUCCAAAGUCAAGAAAGUGGACCAGAAAGACAGCCUGGAAAAAGCCCCGGAAGUGCCCAAAGAAAACAAAGAUAUAGAAAUCUCCACUGAAGAGGAAAAGGAGACGGGAGAUGUAAAAGACGGGUCACUCUUAAAAACAAAAAGGAAGCAUAAGAAAAAACACAAGGAGAGGCACAGAAUGGGAGAAGAGGUUAUUCCCCUGCGUGUACUAUCCAAGACCGAAUGGAUGGAUUUGAAAAAAGAAUAUUUAGCACUGCAAAAAGCCAGUAUGGCUUCUUUAAAAAAAACAAUAUCCCAAAUAAAACUGGAGUCAAAAAUGGAAAUAGACCAUGAAGAAAGUAAUAAGUCUGGAAUGAAAAAUGAAAAAUCAGCAAACGAGGAGGAGCGCUGUCCCCCGCAGGUCCCCGCCACGGGGCCGCAGUUUGUGAGUGGGGUGAUUGUGAAGAUCGUCAGCGCCGAACCCCUGCCGGGCAGGAAGCAAGUCAGGGACACCUUGGCAGCAGUCUCAGAGGUGGUCUAUGUCGACCUGCUGGAAGGAGACACGGAGUGCCACGUGAGGUUUAAGUCCCCGGAGGAUGCACAGGCAGUGAUAGACGCACAUGUGGAGAUUAAAAAGAAACACUGCUGGCAACUCGAGAUUCUUUCUGGGGAUCGUGAACAGAGGUAUUGGCAGAAGAUCCUGGUAGACAGGCAGGCCAAGCUGAACCAGCCUCGGGAGAAGAAGAGAGGCACUGAGAAGUUAAUCAACAAAGCUGAAAAGAUUAGACUUGCAAAGACUCAACAAGCAAGUAAGCAUAUUAGAUUUUCUGAGUAUGAAUGAAAAAUGUUGGUUCAUCUCUUAAGAUUUCACUGGACGCUUAAGAAACUCAUUUUUAUUAUAUUAGUAAUGCAUAAUGAAUUUUUUAAACCUACUUUUACUUAAAAGAACUUGUAAAUAAGAUUUUUUUUGUAGCGACAAGUACAUUGUAAACCACACU